AACUACUCACGCGCCUCAAGGGUUCCUGAUCCGCGGGAGCGACGGUAUGCACGGCGCCUCCAGCCGCCCGGGCCACCACCACCAUGGGUCCAGAGGAGGCCAGGACGACGAGAACCCCAACUUGUUGCAUGUGCCUCACCAACACGGGCACAAACACAGCGGUGAAGGCGGCCUUCGGUUCCCGCUGAACCGACCAGAAAACAACCUCAUUCAUCGGGAUGAUGCCCUUGUUCAAGGGGAACCAAGGCUAUCCGAAACAGAGUACGACUUCGCAAUCUGCCGGGUGCGACCCAACACUGCCCUUCCUGUCGAUCAGCAACAGCCAGUGAACGGACUUAUCAGCCUCUGGCAGCAGAAAGAGAGCAAGGAUCUGAACGUGCACGUGCACGUCACUGGGUUCAAGGUGAACGCGAGCGCACGUGACCAUCGCGCCUACAUGCACGGCAUGCACGUGCACGUCGAGGGAAACCUGACCGAUAGCUGCCAGUCGACCGGGGCCCAUUUCAACCCCACCGCCACUGUGCACGGAGAUCGCCGAGCGUCUAUCAGGCAUGUCGGUGACUUUGGGAACAUAGCGUGCGACAAGCACGGAAUAACGAACGUGGUCUUCACGGACACCGUGGCGUCGCUCACUGGGCCUUCCAGCAUCGUGGGACGCUCUAUCAAUAUCCACGCGCAUAUGGACGACCUGGGCAAGAACCCCCACAUCCCUGCCAGCGUGUCCUCCGGCAACGCGGGUCCACGCAUCGCGUGCUGCAUCAUCGAGAAGGUGGACAAGCUGCCUCAGCUGAGUACCAAGACAGCGCGUCGCAUCCUCAGGGACAUCAUGCAGCCGUUCAGCGACAUUGAAAACGAAUGAAAAAUAAGAACCUGUUUGCGGGACGUUCACGUACAUAUAGCGCUGGGCCAAAUCGCUUGAUUGCACCCGACCCAACAUUGCAAGCAUGCACGGAUUGUUGAGCUUGGUUUGUUCGCUUUGUUUGUUUGUUUAGACACAAACUUUAGGGUAACAAGGCAAAAGGUUGACUUUUUUUUAUGCCUGGCGAGGCCCUGUUCUUUGUUUACACUAGGGUAACAGCAACGAAACAACAACAAAGGACUGAUAGAGUACGCAAGAACACGCAGCCUACCUUCCUAAUGAUAUCGUAAUCAAGUUUUUUUUAUACAUGUUCAUACUCACUCCAUAUCAGUAGGUUAGCAUAGUUGUAAGUAAACCACUAUUGUGCUCGUAUUUUCUUGAUUGUAAUGCGAAAUAAAAUCCGCCAUUUUCAUUCGAA